AUGCAAAGUCUUUACAAAACCAUGUCCAAAGAACUGAAGAAUUUAGAACCGAAUUUUGACCCAUCGAAUGCUAUGAUCGAUUUUGAAAGGGUAUUUGGUUUAAAAACAUCAUACGGUGAAGAUGAAAAUUUUGCGCAACGAAUUCGGUGUUUACCAGCUUUGACAUUCUUGCCAAUCGCUGAUGUGGUCCGAACGUUUGAACAGAUUAAAGGUCAAUUUCCGGUUGCAGGUGAACCUGGGAUAACUUACUUUGAAGAAAACUAUAUAUGUGUUAGAAGUCGACUGUCAAGACCGAGAAAACCACCAAAAUUCGAUUUACAAUUAUGGAAUGUUAACACAAACACUCUACAAGGGCAACAUCGUACAAACAAUGCAGUCGAAGGCCACCCAAACCUUUGGAAAUUCUUGAAAGGAUUAAAAACGGAGCGAUCGUACGUCGAUGCGCAAAUUACUCAAGCGACCGCUGGUGAGAGACAAGCACGAAAACGUGAACAAGUUCGACGAGAAACACGUAUCUUGAACAUACUCUAUGAAUCAACUACAACGAAUUUUGAUAAAAAAAUGUUUUCUACCAUUGAAGAGCAAAUGCCGCUGGAGGGCAAGCGUCCUUGCGGAGCAAAUGCAAAUUUGAGUGAUUUUAACGGAGUAACAAACGUUUCUUUCGCUGAUGACCCGCUCGUCACUGAUUAUUUGUCAAAUCCUCGCGUUGAAAUUCUCGUCGAAAACAAAUCCGAUGAGAAAUUGUCUCCAUCAAUCUUCGAAGGAAAUCCAUUGCUAUAUUUUCUUUGUAAACAUACAAAUGAAAAUAAUCCAAAGAAAAUUUCUGAAUUUAUUCAGUUCAAUCCUCAUGUGAAUAUCAUUGAACUUGUUGAUUAUGAUUUUCGUUCGAUUGCACAUCUCGCUGUUGCUCAAAAUCAACUGGAAAUCAUUUGA